UAUAACCCAUCAGUUGCUGCUCCAACCUGGAAUUUGUUCUCAUCGCCUCCCUGAGCGCACAAUGGAAGGCGCUGACACGGCGCUCAAAACUGAUUGUUGAUCGAUGCUACCGGAUGUUUGAAAGCUCAUUUAUUUUCAAGGGGACUGGUUCUUUUGUUCCCUUCAAGUCAACACGUGGACUUGUUUUUGAGAAGUCUGAAGAACCGGCGUGCACUUUGUGGGAAAACCUCCACACGAGCAUGCUUCGCAGUCGACGCCCAAGUGGAAAGUGACACAAGAAACAUUAAAACUACUUGGAUUAAAUUUCAUUUUGAUCUGCAAAUAUUAAACUGGAUACCACAGCACUACGGACUGCUAUGAGGGGAUCAACCCCAGGUUCGGGGGCAGGAACAUAGAGCAGAAGAGUGACGGAAGGACAGCUCGGCGCUGUCCAGAAACCCCGCCUGACCUGCCGCACGCCAACGGUACGACGGCCGGACUGUCUGAUGCCAAGCGUCUCUACUGUCAAUCUCACGGCACCGCUCCUCCUCCUGUUGCUAUGGGCGACGCAGCCCACCACGGCAACCAACUGGCUCUCCUUGGCGAGGCUGCCUCGCUCCAGGCCCGUGUCUGGCGCCGCCCCCUGUGCGCGGCUAAGGGGGCUGACCCCAGGGCAGGUGGGGGUGUGCAGGGCACGGGGGGAGGUCAUGGAGUCCGUACGGAAAGCUGCUGAGAUGGUCAUAGAGGAGUGUCAGCACCAGUUCCGGAACCGCCGCUGGAACUGUUCCACUACCCCGCGAGGGAUCAAUGUAUUUGGCAGAGUCAUGAACCAAGGCACUCGCGAGGCAGCCUUCGUGCACGCUCUGUCCUCUGCAGCUGUGGCGGUGGCCGUGACCCGGGCGUGCACGCGCGGCGAGCUGGAGCGGUGCGGCUGUGACAGGAAGGUCAGAGGGGUGAGCCCCGAGGGUUUUCAAUGGUCUGGCUGCAGUGACAACCUAUCCUAUGGAGUGGGCUUCUCACAAACUUUUGUGGAUGAACCAGAACGAGCCCGAGGUCUAUCGGCCGGCCGACCGCUAAUGAACCUUCACAACAACGAAGCCGGCCGAAAGGCCAUCCUUCACAACAUGCAGUUAGAGUGCAAGUGUCACGGCGUGUCUGGCUCCUGUGAGUUGAGGACCUGCUGGAAAGUCAUGCCGCCUUUCCGGCGUGUCAGCAUCGUGCUAAAGGAGCGCUUUGACGGAGCAACGGAGGUACGCCUGACUCGAAUCGGAUCCAGGACUGCUCUGCUCCCUCGUGACCCACUAGUGAAACCCCCUGCUGCCAGAGACCUGGUGUACCUUGCACCUUCUCCAGACUUCUGUCUCCUGGACCCUGACAACGGUAUUCCUGGGACCGCCGGCAGGAGAUGUAAUGGAACCUCCCGAUUGGCACCCGACGGCUGCGAGCUGGUUUGCUGCGGGCCCGGCUACAAAGCGGGCCGGGCUGAGGUGGUGCAGCGGUGCUCCUGCAAGUUCUCCUGGUGCUGCUCGGUCCGCUGCCAGCAGUGCAAGAACACGGUCACCAUUCACACCUGCAGAGUUUAAAGCCUCUCCAGUCACUAUCAUUUUCCUCCCUAAUCAAAUAAACCUAACACUUUAGAUGAAAGAACCCCCCAAUAAAACACCAGACAGACAGACACUCCUGAACCACAGGAUGAGUAUAUGACUAUUCUACCACUGAUGACAUGUUUAUCUCUAAAUCAUCUGACUUAAACUCAUUUUUACAACAAAGCAGUAAAGGCUGUUCUGAAUUCUAACUUACACGUUGACCCACAGGGCGUUGUUACUUUUUACACAUUUGUAAUACUGAAACCGACAAAAAGCAAGCACAGAUGUGCAUGCACACGAGUCACUCAUGAAAUAAUGCUCAGCAUUCCAUAACAAAGAAAAAACAGCUAAUCUCAUACCGAAACGACAACGCUCUCAAGCUGAACGCAAGAAUCACUAACCGUGAAACGUAAAAGCACUAGUCAUUAUUUCCUAGGUUUAUCUACUAUGUUCACAUGCUCUCUGUCCAUUUAUUUAUUACACACCGGACCCAAUGUUGCACUUCAGUUUUCAGCAGACAUGUUCAACCGUUGAGAGUAACUUCUACUGACAUCUGUCCAUUUUUUUUUGUGCCAUCGUGACAGUCGUUUUUAGCUUUGUUCAUGUCAUCUAAUAAACGCUGUAGUUUUA